UAUAGCCUGUGUUACACAAGAUCGUUACAAAACAGCGGGUUAUUUAACAGCUGUCUCUGUGGUUAGUUGCUUUUGAUUAUUUUGCACCUGUGAGUGAGGGCACGCUUGCGACCGAAGUUCUGCUAGAAGAUAACUUCUUGCUCCGUAUCUGCAGCUAAAAAUACUCAAUUCUUUCCCAGAUGUUGAAGACUAUACAACAAGCUUUAUUUUCGACAGGCCUGCAAAUGCCAAUAUUUAUUCCAGUUGAAACUCAGGCUGAAGAUUAUGAAGUUCGAAACUAUGAAGCCACAAAGUGGGCCAGCACAUCAGUGAGUGAAAUGGAUUUUGAUUCGGCUUUAAACAAAGGAUUCAUGAGGCUUUUUAAGUACAUCCAAGGCAACAAUGACAAAAAGAUGAAGGUUGAAAUGACUGCACCGGUGACUUGUUUAGUUCAAGCUGGUGAAGGGCCUUUCUGCGAAAGCAGUUUUACCACCUCCUUUUAUGUACCUGAGGAACAUCAGUGUGACCCUCCCAAGCCAACUGAAGCAGACGUAUUCAUUGAAGACAGAAAAGAUAUGAUAGUGUUUGUGAGGACAUUUGGUGGCUUUGCUAAUGCAGAGAAAUAUAAAGAAGAACUGAUGAAACUGUCGACUAGUCUAACUCGAGAUGGACAUCAAUUUGAAGACAAAAUGUACUAUACAGCUGGUUAUGACAGUCCUUUCAAAAUGAUUAACAGACGGAAUGAAGUGUGGCUAAUAAAAAAACACUAACAACAGUAAAAACAUUCACUCUAGUUGCUUUGUGGUGCUGUAAUUCAAUAACCCUACUAACAGCAAUAUGAAUAUGCCUUUAUAUUAUGUUUUACAUUUUAUGAACAUCAGCUGUCACUUAACAUUACAUUAUUAUGGAAAAUUUAUUUUUUAUUAUGUAGAAUAAUAAAACACUUUUGUAUUAAUAAAAUGAAACAACUUGUAUCUUUUAAUACGGCUAACACAAAAGAGCAUUCCUGAACCUAUGAUUUUGCUUCUAACUAAAAGACUGACAAAUUGCAGAAAUACAUGGGAUCUAAUGUGAAUGGUAAUAAGAAUGUAUAUUUGUUAACAGUUUAUUGCUUAUUAUCCACAUCAUAAACCGAUACAGAACUAAUUUUUAUUUUUUGUCCUUCAUAAAAUUGUUAUUUCAGAGAAAUUGUUGCAAUUUUAUAUAAAAGGAAAAAAAAUACAAUGUCAGCAGAACAGAAUGAUUAAACACUUGAAUAUCGGAGAAAAA